GGGGUGACGUGGGGUUGGCUAGCUCCGCGGCGGGUUUGCAGAGAACUGUGGCCGGUGGCAGCUGGUUACGGGGGGCGGCCGAGUGCGAGAGUGGAGCGGGGCGGUGUGUGUCCGGGGCCAUGACGGGCAAUGCCGGGGAGUGGUGCCUCAUGGAAAGCGACCCCGGGGUCUUCACCGAGCUCAUUAAAGGAUUCGGUUGCCGAGGUGCCCAAGUAGAAGAAAUAUGGAGUUUAGAGCCUGAGAAUUUUGAAAAAUUAAAGCCAGUUCAUGGGUUAAUUUUUCUUUUCAAGUGGCAACCAGGAGAAGAACCAGCAGGCUCUGUGGUUCAGGACUCCAGACUUGACACAAUAUUUUUUGCCAAGCAGGUAAUUAAUAAUGCUUGUGCUACUCAAGCCAUUGUCAGUGUCCUGUUGAACUGUACCCAUCAAGAUGUCCAUUUAGGAGAGACAUUGUCAGAGUUUAAAGAAUUUUCACAAAGUUUUGAUGCAGCUAUGAAAGGUUUGGCAUUGAGCAAUUCAGAUGUGAUUCGACAAGUGCACAACAGUUUUGCCAGACAACAAAUGUUUGAAUUCGAUGCAAAGACAUCAGCCAAAGAAGAAGAUGCUUUUCACUUUGUCAGCUAUGUUCCUGUUAAUGGAAGGCUAUAUGAAUUGGAUGGAUUAAGAGAAGGACCGAUUGAUUUAGGUGCAUGCAAUCAAGAUGACUGGAUUAGUGCAGUAAGGCCAGUCAUAGAAAAAAGGAUACAAAAGUACAGUGAAGGUGAAAUUCGAUUUAACUUAAUGGCCAUUGUGUCUGACAGAAAAAUGAUAUACGAACAGAAGAUAGCAGAGUUACAAAGACAACUUGCAGAGGAGGAACCUAUGGAUACCGAUCAGGGUAAUAAUAUGUUAAGUGCUAUUCAGUCAGAAGUUGCCAAAAACCAGAUGCUUAUUGAAGAAGAAGUACAAAAAUUGAAAAGAUACAAGAUUGAAAAUAUCAGAAGGAAGCACAAUUAUCUGCCAUUCAUUAUGGAACUGUUAAAGACUUUAGCAGAACACCAGCAAUUAAUACCACUUGUAGAAAAGGCAAAAGAGAAACAGAAUGCAAAAAAAGCUCAGGAAACUAAAUGAAGAGGAUACUUUGGGAUAUGUACACAGCUCUGCAUCUAAACUUACUCUCCUGGAAACCAUUAUGUCUAAGGAACUUUGAGCAAUGUCCUAAUUGACUCAGUGCACGUUUGGCAAAAGUACCAGUCUGUCUUGUCUGUUAUGCAUGGAUCCAUAAACUUUUUCCCCACCUGCAUCAUGUGCAUGUAGUGCAUAUUAAAUAAAAGUGAUACUAAGAGUCCUUGCCCAAAUUCUAUUAUUUGACAUUGGAGCUGAGAACUCUUGUUGGUACUCUGGAUGUAUAACUGUAGUCCAGAACCUUGGAAAUGCACAAAUGAUAUUCUCUACUUGUUACUGUUCUAAUUGAUAUUUUGCUUUUUUUUAGCUUUCAGUUUAUAAAUGUCAGCUCUAAAUUAAGUUGGAUCUUCUGUUUAUUAAUGGAAAAAUCAAUAUUUCUGUCUUUGAUAUGUUUUGAGACUCUUAAAACUGAAUUUUAUCUUUUACCAGUUAUUUGAUUUUCAUGCAGAUCAUUUGAAAAGAAUGAAACCACAGUUUCUAGUGAUUUUCACUGAUGCCAAUAGAAAAGGUACUAAAUACUCCAAUUUUAUUUUACCAAACUUUCUUAAAGUGUUUGGAGUUAAUUGUGUAAUUAUCUAGAGAAGUCUGAAUAUUACUUCAAAACAGAAUUUCAGGUUAAGAACAAAUUGUAAACCUUAAAGAAUUUUGGUGUUUCUCUGCAUUUGGCAACCUUUAUUCAUGUUGUUAGCUGUAUCUUUAUUGAAAGUUAUAGGUUUGACAGUUCAGGUUGUCAGCUUUAAAAAAAACAUGGCAGUGGUAGUAGAGAACCUUCUAUGCUAAUUUGAAGAAAAUUAGUAGAGCCUACAGUUUCUAAGAGUCAUGUACAAUUUGUUCAUAAUUAUUUUUUCUCUUUUGGGAGUUGCUUGGGUUUUUAUUUUAUAAAUUAAUAUUGUACUAUAUUCUUGUUCUUAAGCUUCUUUUCCAAGUUGAAUUUCAAAGGAAAUUUUAUAAAACUUUUUAUAAAAGAAA